AUGUACACACACAAGAAUGAUGUAGUUGGUUCUUUGAAUGUUACAGGAGGAGCAGCUUAUCCAUAUUGGGUAGCUCUUUCAACUAAGGGAGUUUUGAACAGUGACGGAUCUGUCAUUAAUCCUGCCUCAUUCUCUGACAAACGAGCUCUCAAUGAAGUCAUUGGCUUGAAUAGAGCUAUUCUUGAGGAAUUAGCAUUGUCAUCCAUUAUUUCCAUAUCCACAAAUACUUAUUAUCCAAGAACUGUCGAGAUGAAAAACAAUGCCUUCAUCAAUACUCCACUCCAGAAACCAACCUUCCAAACCAAUUCUCCAUUAUACUUACUGGCUCGUUAUUGGGAUAUUGAUUACAAUUACAUUAUGCAAGAAAAAGCCAAAAUGUAUAAUUGGCAAUUUAUUGAUUGGUCCUAUGCUAAUCUUGGUUCUCAUAUUAUUAAUGAAAUAGUUGCAUCUAAUUUGACAUACUACUUUAAUAAUGCAACUAACUUGGAUUUUAAACUUCGUUGCAAUCAAAACAUUACAUUGAUUGGUAAGGGUGUAGCACUUGCUAAUAAUGACAUUGCUCCAGAUAUUGGAGCUUUUGAGAGUAAUUGUAAUGCUGUCACUCCAUUGCCAAGCACUACUAAACCAUUGUCAAGCACUAAACCAUUGCAAAGCACUACUAAACCAAGCACUAGCUCAGCACCAACUGGUCAAUCAACAUUGAUUACUCCAACAAGUUCAAGCAGAAAACCAUCAAGCAGUGGUGGACGAGUUAAUAGCUCUAAUAAUUUAAGACCUUCCUCUUCUGCAUGGUGGUUUCUUAUUGUAUUGCUCAUCUUUGUUUUUCAUCAAUAA